GUGGCGAGAAGAUGCCGCAAUGGAUUUCUUGGAGUGAUCCGAAUCCUGGGAGAAGAUACCGGAACUGCAAAAUUCGCUCGAUUGCUGGUGGAAUAGGGUGUAAAGUGUUUAAGUGGAUUGAUGAUCCGCUGGAUGCACGUCACAAAGAGUUAGUUCGUGAUCUGCGUGAUGCUGUUUGGGAUCGAGAUGAAGAAAUUGAGAGGCUCCAGGUAGAAAUUGAGAGGCUCCAGGAAGAAAAGUUUCUGCUUGCUGCAAGGAAACAGAGCAACCCUGAACCAAAGAAAAUGGGAGGCUUCAUGGUUUGGGUGCUAUCUGUAGCUUUUGUCAUCUGUUGUACCUGGGUGAUGUGUAGGAACUGAAAUUAGGGUGAAUUCAGUGAUCUGUUGGUCAGGAGGAGAAGAAGCUAGAGUAUAUGCUAGAGUUAUUGUGUUGUAAUUCCAACCAUUUGUCUGUUCGUGCCACAAUGUUUAGUUCCUGAAUUU